UUCAGCAUGAAGCGACAAUGUGAGAUUUGCUUCAAUCAAAUAGGUUGCACAGUCCGCGAAAAAUGAAGUGAGCUGGUUUUGUUCGUAGAACUGAAGUGGUACGCUUCCAUGACGUGGGCCUCGCCUAAGUAGGCUCGGAUAGCGGGGCUCGGAACAGGUACCGUUCUGUCAGAGAACCUCUGCGGUUCAGACCUUUUCAAGGCUGUCAAUCACAUUUAGUUUUCAAUGGCUGCUUCAAAGCGGAUCUUGGUGAUCGCUGGCUCGGACAGUUCAGGUGGCGCUGGUCUUGAAGCUGAUCAGAAAGUCAUCGCUGCCCAUGGUUGCUAUGCAAUGACUGCCACGACCGCACUCACAGCGCAAAACACACAGGGUGUUCAAGACAUCCAUCACAUACCGCCUGCAUUCCUCAAAAAGCAGCUUGAUGCUGUCUGCGAUGAUGUUGGAGUCGACGUUGUCAAGACAGGCAUGCUUGCAUCAGCAGAGACCAUCGAAAUUGUCGCAGAUGCAUUGCGCAGGUACAAUGUAACAACAAGUGUUGUUGAUCCUGUCAUGGUAUCGACUUCUGGCUCACAUUUACUUCCAGAGUCCGCCAUCUCGACCCUGAUCGACAAGUUGUUGCCUUUAACGACCGUUUUGACACCAAAUCUGCCUGAGGCCGAACUACUGCUUAAGACUGCAGGAGUAGAUACGGAGUCCCCAAAAAACAUGGACGAUGUCGUAAAUAUGGCUAAACGUAUCCAGCAGUUGGGUCCCGAGUACGUGUUGCUCAAGGGCGGGCACCUGCCGUUUACACAGGGUCGUAUAGUGAGCAAAGGCGAGGAGGACAGAGAGAUCGUGCUGAACGUGUUGGUUAGCAAAGACGAUGUGAUAACGAUGGAGAGCGAGUAUCUGCACAGCAAGAACACGCAUGGAACUGGGUGCUCACUAGCCUCCGCGAUCGCGUGCAACCUCACGUCCGGAAUGAGCAUGGCUAAAGCUGUCGCGAAGGCUAACCGCUAUAUCGAAGCUGGUAUCAAGACGAGUGUAGAGCUGGGUAAGGGCAGAGGUCCAAUCAACCAUUUUCAUUCGACAUACACCCUACCAUUUUCCCAGGGUGGCUUCAUACAAUAUCUGCUCGAUCGUGACGACAUUCAAAGGCCAUGGGAGAAAUACACUGAGCAUGAAUUUGUGCAGAAGAUGGGCGAUGGAUCGCUUCCUCUCGAGAACUACAAGCACUAUUUGAUUCAGGAUUACCUGUUCUUGGUCCAAUUUGCACGAGCUACAGCGCUCGGUGCUUACAAGUCCAGCUCUCUUGUUGACAUCGGUCGCUCUGUGCAGCAGGUCGUUACUUUGCAAGAAGAGAUCAAGCUGCACAUAGACUUUUGUAAAGAACAGGGUUUAUCUGUUAAAGACAUCGAAAGUCAAGAGGAAGAUCAAGCAACGACGGCCUACACCCGGUAUGUUCUAGACAUCGGACAAUCUCAAGACUGGCUUGCACUGCAGGUUGCUCUGCUGCCUUGUCUGAUUGGGUAUGGCAUCAUCGCGAAACGGCUCUUUGAUGAUGCCAGUACCUUGAGAGAAGGCAAGUACUGGACGUGGAUCCAGCAAUACGUCGACACACCAUAUGUAGAGGCGAUGGCAAGAGGCUCUGCGUUGAUCGAGGAGCAUGCGAGCAAGCAGUCGGUUGCGCGAAUCGAUGAGUUGGCCAAAAUCUUUAUUCAUGCAACGAACAUGGAAAGAGGAUUCUGGGACAUGGGCAUGAGAGCUGGGAGGGUGGCCUAAUGAAUUAACAGAACGUCGCAUCGGCCAUUCCAUAGCGCAUGUAUGAGGUCUGCGCUGUAGCGGAGCGAGCCAGAUAACACGUUCAGACUAGUCGAGGCGCUGCUACCAAAUCUUGCGUGGGUCUUUGUUGCUGAUUGUGUUUGCCCCUUCCACUCGGCUUGGCGGAUCCUACCCCAUCUGAGCGCUAGCGCGACGCUUGGCGGUGAGGCAACUUUUGCUUGCAGAUAAUUUUUGUCGG